AUCCUCUACCGGAGGUAGCUAACUAGCCGUAGUGUUUGUUGUGGUUUCAGCGGCCGCUGCUGACUAAACUAGCCGCUGUUGUGUGUGUGGUUGGGGUGGUCAGGCCAGGGACGAGCCGCUCGGCAGCAGAGCAAUGAGCCAGCAGCGGAGGCGGACAGCUUCCUGCUAACAGGGCGCCGAGGCGUCGCCCAGCAGCAGCUAGCUCCUCUGCUUCAGCAGCAGCUAGCUCCUCUGCUUCAGCAGCUAGCUUCUCUGCUUCAGCAGCAGCUAGCUCCUCUGCCUGCUGCGCUGCUCCCAUCAGGUCCUCCAAAGGGAUGCCACUGAGGUCUGUGUUUUGAACCUUCGUGAUGGCAGGAUCCCAGUGGGAGCUUCCCCCAGAGCUAUGCUGCAGGCCCAUGGCCUUCGUAGCAUUAACCGGGCUGGACGUGGUCUACAACGCUGUGCAUCGAGCCAUCUGGGACGCUUUCUGUGCCAACCGACGCGCUGACAGAGUCCCCAUCUCUUUCAAAGUUCUCCCAGGAGACCACGAGUAUCCCAAAUGUCGCACCAAGCGGACGUCUUACGAGUGGUACAUCCCAAAAGGCAUCCUGAAGACCGGCUGGAUGAACAAACAUCUGAACCUGGUCCCCGCUCUGGUGGUUCUGUUCUACGAGCUGGACUGGGAUGACCCGCAGUGGAAGGAGAAACAGUCCGAAUGUGCAACUAAAGUGGAGAUCGUCAGGACCAGUCUUCAGGGCAGGAACACCAAAGUGGCGGUGGUUUUAAUCCAAAAGAAGACUCCUCUACCUCCAGGAGAGGACCUGGUGGCGUCAGAGAGAGCCUCGGCUCUUUGUAACUCCUGUGACCUGUCAGGCAAGAGCCUCUUCGUGCUGCCUCACACCGACCACUUAGUGGGCUACAUCAUCAGGUUGGAGAACGCCUUCUAUGAGCACGCUCAGACGUACUACUACACAGAGAUCCGUCGGGUCAAAUCCCACAAGGAGUUCCUCAACAAGACCACCCACCAGCUGCUGUUUGUCAGACACCAGUUUAAAAUGGCUUUCCUCAGUGAGCUCAAACAGGACACCCAGAACGCUCUCAAGUACUACAGAGCUGCCUACAGCCUGGUCCAUGAGCUCAGAGCACACGAGACCAACAUGCUGGAGAUCAAAACCCUGGCAGGGUUCAUCAACUACAAGAUCUGCCGCCUGUGUUUCCAGCACAACACUCCUCUGGAUGCUAUAGCUCAGUUCAGGAAGCACAUCGACCUGUGCAAGAAGAAGAUCGGCAGCGCCGAGCUGGCCUUCGAGCACUCCGCAUGGAUGUCUAAGCAGUUCCAGUCUUUUGGCGAGCUGUUCGAUGAGGCGAUAAAGUUGGGUCUGACGGCCAUCCAGACCCAGAACCCGGGCUUCUACUACCAGCAGGCUGCCUGUUACAGCCAGGACAGGAAGCAGAUGGCCCAGCAGCUCUGUCAGGCUGGAAUGACCUACCCUUCCCCUGACCCCCUGGACACCCAGAGUGGAGGACUGGACUUCUACGGCCAGAGACCCUGGAGACAAGGACACCAGAGUAUCGAUCCAACAGAUCCAGAGAAGGAGAAGAUGGGGAUUCUGGCCCUGCAGAUAAAGGAGACAGAUGUCCCACACUCGGAGCUGAUCAUAGCGCUGCUCAGCAAUGCCGUGGCCCAGUUCAAGAAGUACAAGUGCCCUCGAAUGAAGAGUCACCUGAUGGUGCAGAUGGGAGAGGAGUACUACCACGCUAAAGACUACACCAAAGCCUUGAAGCUGCUGGACUACGUGAUGUGCGACUACCGCACAGAGCGCUGGUGGCCUCUGCUGACGGCCAUCUUGACCACGGCGCUGCGCUGCGCUUAUCUGAUGGCCAGCGUCAAAGACUACGUCAUCUACUGCAUGGAGCUGCUGGGCAGAGCUUCUACCCUGAAGGAGGAGCAGAAGUCAAGGAUAGAGAAGAACCUCUUCAAAGUGUUGAUGAACAAGGUUCCUGAGGCGGAGGCAGAAUGUGACCCAGCCUCCGUCAGCGCCGCCCGCUCGCUGUGGACCGACCGCAUGGCUCUGUCCGGGUCAAACGAAGUGAUGGUGGACAUGCAGGACUACAUCCCCUUCAUUCAGUGCAAAGCCAGGUUCCAGUCUCCAAGCUUCCACGUGGACCAGCCCAUCCAGCUGCAGGUGUUCCUCAGAGCAGACUGCCCCCACCCCGUGUCAUUCAGCAAGCUCACCGUCAGCCUCAGCAACCAGGAAUACAACCAGUGGUGUGUGGCGGAGUCGUCGGGUCAGGACAGCAUGACGCUGUUACCGGGAAAAGCCAGAUGCUACGACUUCAGCUUUGUGGCUAAAACGGAAGACGUGGGGAAGAAAGUGGAGAUGACAGGCGUGGAGAUGAUGCUGGGCAGCGACAGCGGCCGCUGCGUCUUCCUGAGCUGGAGAGGCGCCGGCGGAGACGCCGCCUCCACCCAGGAGGCCCUGCAGGCCAGCAGGUCGUCACGGCGCUGGGGGCGCGGCGCCGAGGCACGUCAGGAGCCGGACUGGGACAGUCUGACGCUGCAGCACAGCACCAUGAUCAUCUCCAGAGUCCCAAAGAUCCUGGUCCAGCUGUGCCACCAGCCUCCUGCACUCACCAACGAGAUGUACUGCAUCAGCCUCUCUGUCCAAUCACAGGAGGAGGAUGUAGCACGAGACGUCAAGCUCACCGCCGGCCUCAAACCAGGCCAGGAGGCAGGCUUGGGCCAGUCCACCCAUGUGACUCUUGACGGGUCGAGCGUGUGUGACGACAACGCUCCGGCUCUGCUCACAGACGUUCCUCUGGGAGAUCUGAAACCAGGAGAGAAGUUGGAGAAAUGUGUGUAUAUGAGGUGUGUGUCGACCGGACCGAGGGUCUUCCUGUUCCACGUGGCCUACAGCAUCGAUACAGCCGUGGAAGGACGCCACAUCGUGUGCAAAUGUCAUAAGGAUGAGACUGUGACUGUAGAGACGGUGGUCCCCUUUGAAGCGUCUGUCAAGUUUGUAUCUACUAAGUUCGAGCCGUUGGAGCGGGUAGCGGUGGACAUUCCCUUCCUGCUGAUGACAGACGUGGUCUCCUCUUCGCCGUGCCCUCUCCUGCUGAGCUCCUCCUGUCUGCAGCUGCAGACCAUAACCAGCAACACCCCCCAGCUUCAGUCGCAGCUGCAGCAAGUGGUCCUGCAGACGGGCGAAUGCGCCAGCGAGUGUUUCUGUCUUCGAUGUCCACCGGGCACCAGCAGCAGUAACACCGUGGCUACAGGACAGUACGUCAUAUCAUGGAGGAGGAAGUCUUCCGGCGCAGACAGCCCCCUCAUCCAGACCACAGUCUCUCUACCUCAUGUCAUCCUGGAGUCUGUCCCUCUUUACGUCUACGCUGAUUUGCCUUCAUUUGGCCGGGUCCGAGAGUCUCUUCCAGUCCGGUACCACAUAGAGAACAGAACAGCGCAGGUGCAGGAGGUGGAGAUAGCCGUUGAUCCAUCAGACGCCUUCAUGUUCUCCGGACUCAAACAGGUGCGUCUGCGUGUCCUCCCCGGCACAGAGCAGCAGAUGCUGUAUAAUUAUUACCCCCUGAUGGCUGGAUACCAAACACUACCGCAGCUCAACAUCAGCCUGCCACACUGUCCGACCUCCACCAGCCCCGCCCUGAGACGCUUCCUGCCGCAGCGUAUCUUCGUAAAGCCUCAGGGCCGGCAGCCAGACGACGCCUCCAUCGCCGCAGCCUGAGGAGAAAACAAAAGGGUUUCCUGUAAAUACAACAGCAAAGCAACGUCGUGUGUGCUCUUUUAGCCGCCUCAUUCCGCACAGAUGUGGUCAUUAACACAUCUGGUCCCUGUCGUCCUGUAAAAAGCACCGUGGACCCCAUCCGUCGACCAAACAUUUGAAGACUGUCGUUCCCGGCGAGUGAACGCGGUGACUGGAGUUGUGUAAGCAGCUAAGACCUGACCUGAUGCUCGUUUAGCCGUGAACCUCCUGUCUGAGUCUGAUGGGGGUUCUGCGUCGCUCCGGGGGAUGUAAUCCACGGCCUCAGUGUGUUGAAGGACUGGUUAUACUGAAGUACUUGCUGUGUCUUAUCUUUGCAUGUCUGCAGAGUCCUUUGACUGUGAAAAUGUGAUGCAGUUGAGGACGGGUGGGGGGAAUAAAAGUUUAACACCCUGUU